AUGAGUAGGACACCGUUUCCAACGGGUCCUUGGAUAUGCGUGGCUUCCGAUUUAUUGGGUCCCUUGCCAAAUGGCGAAUUCCUACUCGUUUUCAUUGAUUAUUACUCGCGAUACAUUGAGUUUAAAUUCCUGCGUUCUAUAACAUCAACGACCAUUAUCGAUGUAAUGAAAGAAAUUUUCUGCAGACCUGGUUUUCCCAAAUACUUACGGACGGACAAUGGACGGCAGUACAUCAGUAGCGAGUUUAAAGAAUAUUGCAAAGUUUGUGGCAUAGAGCAGAUUAGAACUCCGCCUUACUGGCCUCAGGCAAAUGGUGAGGUUGAAAAUAUAAACAAAUUACUAGUGAAGCGUUUAAAGAUCGCAUAUCAACACAAAAAUAACUACAAAGAGGAGAUACAGAAAUUUGUGUUGAUGUACAACGUAACCCCACAUAGUAGUACAGGUUCUGCUCCUACGCAGUUAAUGUUUAACAGGCUGAUCCGUGAUAAGAUGCCAGGGAUUCAGGAUUUGGGCGCGGAAGUAUUAGACUCAGCAGAACGAGACCAAGACUGCGUUGCAAAACAGAAGGGGAAAGAAUCAGCUGAUAAAAAGAGAGGGGCGAAGGAAAUUGAUAUAGGAGUAGGUGACAAGGUCCUAAUAAAAAAUGUUGUGUUCCCACAUAAGCUAACACCAAACUUCGACCCUACCGAAUACGAUGUUCUAGAGAGGAAAGGAAACAUAGCAAUAGUGUCAAGAGAUGGUAGACGUUUAACCAGGAAUAUUAGCCAUUUAAAGAAGAUACCAAUAAGGAGCCCGUCGGACAGUAGCUCCGAUCCUGGUUCUUUUCCACAGGUACAGGUGACUCCACCAGAAGAGUUGACAAACACAGAACAAUCGGAACACCAGCCAGCACAGACAGCCGGGAUGGAACCACCAAGCUUGGACCAAGGAUUGAAAUUAAAGCUGAUAAAAAAAGGAGGGAUGUGGGAACCUGCAUCGAAGAGCGAGGGCGAUGGCGGGAGCAGCGACGUCAGCGCCGACGUCAACGAUUGGUUUAUUAUCUCUCUAUUAUGUUCUAGUAGUGUGACACGUACGAUCGAUGGACCAGCAUCGCCGGUCCGCAAAUAA